AUGAACGUCGAUAACCCACAGGAAACUGUGGAGAAGAUUAAGCAGGGGGAGAUUGAUGAAUCUCUGUACAGUCGACAGCUGUAUGUGCUUGGACAUGAGGCUAUGAAGCGCAUGGGCACUUCGAAUGUUCUUGUUGUCGGACUGAAGGGGCUUGGUGUUGAGAUCGCCAAGAACAUUGCUCUCGCCGGUGUGAAGUCUCUCACUUUGUACGAUCCUGCGCCCGUUGCUAUCUCAGACCUUUCCUCCCAGUUCUUCCUUCAAUCCCAAGAUGUCGGCAAGCCGCGUGCCGAAGUGACGGCCCCUAAGGUCGCCGAACUCAACUCAUAUGUUCCCGUCACGGUCCACGAAGGUGGUAACCUCGUAGAUAACCUGGAGCAACUGAAACGCUACCAGGCAGUGGUCCUUACCCUCACACCCCUGAAGGAUCAACUUGCUAUUGCGGACUUCUGCCACAAGAACGGCAUCUACCUCACCAUUGCCGACACCUUCGGUCUUUUCGGUUACCUCUUUAACGACUUUGGAAAGAACUUCACCAUCGGUGAUGCUACAGGUGAAGAGCUUGUGAGUGGCAUUGUGGCCGGCAUUGAUGAGGAUGGUCUAGUGUCCGCUCUUGACGAGAGCCGACACGGUUUAGAAGAUGGAGACUAUGUGACAUUCACCGAGGUAAAGGGCAUGGAUGGCCUGAAUAACUCCGCCCCUCGCAAGGUUACUGUUAAGGGCCCUUACACGUUUCAUAUUGGUGAUGUCUCUGGCCUUGGGACGUACCAGUCUGGCGGUAUCUUUACACAGGUCAAGAUGCCCAAGUUUGUCGACUACCAACCCUUGGAGGAGCAGCUCAAGAAGCCUGAGCUUAUGAUUUCGGACUUUGCCAAGUUCGACCGGCCGCAACAGCUACACAUCGGUGUCCAGGCGCUUCACAAGUUUGCCGAGUGCCAUGAUGGCCAGCUUCCUCGCCCUCACAAUGAGAGUGAUGCCCAGGAGGUCCUCAAGAUCUCUAACGACCUCGCCUCGAACCAGGAAGACAAGGUCGAGUUGGACGAGAAGCUCAUUAAGGAGCUUAGUUACCAAGCACGCGGUGAUCUCAGCCCCUUGGCCGCGUUCUUUGGUGGUGUUACAGCACAGGAGGUCCUUAAAGCUGUCUCGGGAAAGUUCAGCCCUGUUAAGCAAUGGCUUUACCUAGACUCUCUCGAGUCGCUUCCGGCUUCUACUACCCGGUCUGAAGAGAGCUGCAAACCCCUUGGAACCCGGUAUGAUGGUCAGAUUGCUGUCUUUGGUAAAGAGUUCCAGGAGAAGAUCGCCAACACUACCCAAUUUCUUGUUGGCGCAGGUGCAAUUGGAUGUGAGACCCUCAAGAACUGGGCCAUGAUGGGUUUGGGAACCGGUCCUAAGGGAAAAAUUUAUGUUACCGAUAUGGACCAGAUCGAGAAGAGCAACCUCAACCGUCAGUUCCUAUUCCGCAGUAAGGAUGUUGGCAAGCUUAAGAGUGAGUGUGCCUCGGCUGCCGUUCAGGCCAUGAACCCCGAGCUAGAGGGCAAGAUUGUCGCAUUGCGUGACCGUGUCGGGCAAGACACUGAGCACAUCUUCAACGAGGAAUUCUGGGAAGGAUUGGAUGGGGUUACCAACGCGCUGGACAAUGUUGAUGCCAGAACUUACGUUGAUCGCCGUUGUGUCUUCUUCCGUAAGCCUCUCCUCGAGAGUGGCACUCUUGGCACCAAGGGCAACACCCAAGUUAUCCUUCCACAUAUUACCGAGUCCUACUCCAGCUCCCAGGAUCCUCCCGAGAAGUCCUUCCCCAUGUGUACUCUGAAGAGUUUUCCCAACCGGAUUGAGCACACUAUUGCCUGGGCCAGGGAUCUUUUCCAGACCUACUUUGUUGGCCCUCCCGAGGCUGUCAACAUGUAUCUGUCACAGCCAAACUACAUUGAGCAGACGCUCAAACAGGCUGGCAAUGAGAAGCAGACUUUGGAGCAACUGCACGAUUUCUUGGUGGCCAACAAGCCACUGACUUUUGACGAUUGCAUUGCCUGGGCUCGCCAUCAGUUUGAAGGUCAGUACAACAAUGCAAUUCAGCAGUUACUGUACAACUUCCCUCGAGAUUCCAAGACCUCUUCUGGACAGCCUUUCUGGUCCGGCCCCAAGCGUGCUCCAACACCUUUGAAGUUCGAUAGCUCAAACCCCACGCACCUCGGGUUCAUCGUUGCCGGCGCGAACCUCCACGCUUUCAACUAUGGAAUCAAGAACCCCGGAGCAGACAAGGAAUACUACCGCAAGGUCGUCGACAAUAUGAUUAUCCCUGAAUUCACGCCCAAGUCUGGCGUGAAGAUCCAGGCAGAUGAGAAUGAGGCCGACCCGAACGCUGGAAACGCUGGCUCAUCUUUCGAUGAUAACGCGGAGAUCCAGCGCCUUGUCGACUCGCUGCCAUCGCCGAAGUCACUUGCUGGAUUCCGCUUGAACCCAGUUGAGUUCGAGAAGGAUGAUGAUACCAACCAUCAUAUUGACUUCAUUACGGCGGCCAGCAACCUCCGAGCCGACAACUACGAAAUCCCCCAGGCUGACCGCCAUAAGACUAAAUUCAUAGCUGGCAAGAUCAUUCCUGCUAUCGCGACGACCACCGCGCUGGUUACUGGACUCGUUGCCCUAGAGUUCUACAAGAUUAUCGACGGCAAGGAUGACAUUGAACAGUACAAGAACGGCUUUGUGAAUCUUGCACUUCCGUUCUUCGGUUUCAGUGAACCCAUUCCUAGCCCCAAGGGCAAAUACCAGGGCAAGGAGGGUGAAGUGACCAUUGAUCAGCUUUGGGAUCGCUUCGAGGUGGACGAUAUUCCUCUGCAGGACUUCCUCAAGCACUUCUCUGACAAGGGUUUGGAAAUCAGCAUGGUCAGCUCGGGAGUGAGCUUGCUGUAUGCCAGUUUCUAUCCUCCCUCGAAGGUGAAGGACCGUCUCCCAUUGACGAUGAGCAAGUUGGUGGAGCAUAUCAGCAAGAAGCCCGUUCCGGAACAUCAAAAGAAUAUCAUCUUUGAAGUUACGGCUGAGGAUACAACGGAGGAGGAUGUCGAGAUCCCUUAUGUGAUGGUGAAGCUGAGGAAGUAA